UCUGGUGUCUUAACCUUUUCGACCUUAAAUGUCACUACUGCGGGAAAGAUAGUAAUGUCUUUUCCAACGCUGAUUUAUCCCAUAAAGUUUAAGUGGCGAUCUAUGGUGAAGGUGGAAAGUUACCGCUGAUGAAUUUGAGAGAAAAUUUGUCAAGACCGAAAUAUUUCUACUCAUCCUUCCGUUUCUGAGGCCUCUACUUGUAUGUCACUAGUCGGGACGUGAUUUAGCCAGCAUGACCCGAUUAAAAACAUUCGUCGGAAAUACCAUCUUCCUGUUGACUUUUCUUUCUUGGGCACAUUGUUACAAGCCAGUUGUUUUGAUUCAUGGCGUCAUGACUGGAAAACUCUCUAUGCUUCCAAUCGCUGAAAGGAUUGCCCAGCUGCAUCCUGGAACUUCUAUUUACAUUACGGACCGCUUCUCAGGCUGGUCAAGUCUGGAACCAAUGUGGCAUCAGGUCGAAGAGAUGGGGGCGGAUCUCCUGGCUAUAUCAGCUGAUCACCCUGAAGGAAUACAUUUAAUUGGCUAUUCUCAAGGUGGUCUACUUUCUCGAGCAAUCCUCGAGAGAUACCCUGAGCACAAUGUGCAUACUUUCAUCUCUCUUAGUUCCCCUCAGUUUGGCCAGUAUGGAACAAAGUUUCUUCAUCUGUUCUUCCCUGACCUAACAUGCCAUACAGCAUAUGAAUUAUUUUAUUCAUAUGUGGGACAACAUACAUCUGUUGGCAACUACUGGAAUGAUCCACACCAUCAAGAACUAUUUUUUAAGUAUAGUCAAUUUCUACCAUAUGUCAACAAUCAAUUUCUGUCUAAUUCUAGUGAAAGUUACAAAAGUGGUUUCACUAAAUUGAAGAAACUUAUACUGGUUGGUGGGCCAGAUGAUGGUGUUAUCACUCCUUGGCAGUCUAGUCAAUUUGGAUAUUAUGAUGAAAAAGAAGAAGUCUAUGAUAUGAGACAGAACCCUUUAUACAAGAAUGAUAGUUUUGGUCUUCGUACUUUAGAUGAGGCUGGUAAAGUCACUCUGCUUUCAUUUAGUGGCAUGGACCAUUUUGACUGGCACAUAAAUAUAUCUUUUAUUGAUCAGCAUAUAGUUCCAUUACUAGACUAGACAAAAAGAGACAAUUAAGGGAUACAGUGAAUUUAUGUAUUUUGUAUCAUCUGUGAGUUGAGUCCAUAGAAUUUUUGAGAUCAUUGUGUUGCUGAUAAAUAUUUAAUUUUUUUGACCUGCGAUUUUUAUAUGACUUUUGUUGCUAUUUUUGAGCAACUCAUUUUGACACUGUCCUUGUGCAUUUCUGUAAGACAGUGUGCGGGGUGUUGUUCUCUCCUGCAGAGAUCUAGUCAGUUUGUAUGAUUCAACAGCAGGUUUGUGGCAGUCAUGAGUCGUCAACUGAAGACCCUAGUCAAUUAUUUCCUUGUCUCUCUUUUAGAGCAUUCCUAUUGUUGAUUGUAAAUGACUUUUUUUUUCAGCGAAUUAUGUGCUGAAAAUGAUACCUAGUGUGUAAGGUAUUUUUUGUAAGUUGUUUCUUUUUAUUUGAAAAUAUCUUCCCAGUGCUGUAAACUGUGAUUUUAAGAUUAAUGUGAGCCCGUUACAGACGAGGGAAGACUGAUAACUGAAUAAAACUUUUAUUUUCUCUAA